AUGAUUGCAUCCGAAGAAUUAAAAGUAUUAUGGACAUCAUUUGAACUAUUUAUGGCUAUAUCUCAUUUUUUGGUGUUAAUCGGAGUUAAAAAUUCAAAAAUAGGCUUUUUAAGACGUCAAACAACCUAUUUUCUACUUGAUGCAUUAACACAUUUAUUCAAUCUGUGUUUUCAUCAUAAGUUAUUACUAAAUAAUGCUUUUGGGUUUCUAAUUUAUAUCAACUGGAUUGUAAUGUUUAUUGGACACGUUUAUUAUUAUUUAAAUUUAAAACUGAAUCCACCCAAACCCGAUGAUAAAUCAGUUGCAAAUUUGUGUAAUAUUUUCUUAUGGUCAUGCGUCGAAUUUACUAAGAAUCGUUUUGAUAUAAAACAAUGUGGAAAAGAAGUGGUCGAAACAGUGAGUGAUAUUGUAGCACAUUCAGCUGGUUACUAUUACAUGUUUACAGAGAUCAAGUCGGAUGCGUACAAGAUUUUAACAAUAUUAUUAAUGGCUAUGGCACUUUAUAAUCGAAUGAUUAGAUUUAAAUAUUUUCUGACUGAGCCACAAAUGAUGCCGAAACCACUUCGAGAUUUAUAUUCAGUUUUUAAAUUGAAAAGCUGA